UAUCCUUUAGUUUAGUGGUAUAAAUGUUGGUGUUUAUAUCUCAAUAACCCGGUUUUGAACCCACCAAAAUGCUGAUGUCGCCUCAGGAAAGAGGAAACUGCUUCGUUAUAUUAUAGAUUUCAACGUGGAAGAUUGAAGAAAGGAUAAUGAUGUUACCAGAAGCAUGCUUGGCGAAUAUACUCUCCUUCACAACUCCGGCCGACACAUUCUCCUCGGCGUCUGUCUCCUCUGUUUUCCGGGUCGCGGGAGACUCUGAUUUCGUCUGGGAGAAGUUUCUUCCCUCAGAAUACAGCCGCCUCAUCUCAACAUCAACUCAUAAGAGUUUCUCCUCCAAAAAGGAGCUCUACCGAUGUCUCUGUGAAUCAAUACUCUUCGAUAAUGGCAGAAAGAUAUUCAAGAUCGAGAAGCUUACUGGGAAGAUAUCAUAUGUUUUGUCGGCAAGAGAUAUUUCCAUAACUUGGAGCGAUCAACGACAUUACUGGUGUUGGAGCCAUCGAUCAGAUUCAAGAUUUUCGGAAGGGGCCCGACUUAUAAUGACGGACUGGUUAGAAAUCAUCGGAAAAAUCCAAACCGGGGUUUUAUCGCCGAGCACGAGCUACGGAGCUUAUCUGGUUAUGAAAGUGACGGAACGAGCAUAUGGACUAGACCUGGUUCCGGCAGAGACUUGGAUAAAAGUGGGAAAUGGUGAGAAGAAAACAAAGAAGAGUUAUCUAAGUUGCUUGGAUAACAAGAAACAACAAAUGGCCAAGAAGGACGAGAUUUUCGGAUAUUAUCGGAGAGAGCCUGAGAUGCGAGAAGACGGAUGGAUGGAGAUAGAGCUGGGAGAGUUCGAGACAGGACGGGAACGUAACGAGGAGGUUGUGAUGAGUCUAACCGAAGUGAAAGGGUAUCAGUUGAAGGGUGGGAUUGUAAUUGAUGGGAUUGAAGUCAGGCCUAAACCUCUAAAGGUGAGCUGCUAAGUUAAAGAUGAGUUGCUAAAUACUGGGUUAAGUUGAUAAUUGUGAUUAGUUUCGGGUGGAAACUUGUACGAUGAGAAAAUUAAUGUGUUGGCCAGUCGCGUUAUCACUGAAGGAUCUUUCAUUAUUAGUAUUGAAUUUAUAAUUUUUAGACGACUUUUCAUCCGACAAAAAUAAAUAA